CAGGUGUGGUGAGAGACGGACAAAAAACAGAUACAGCCGCACACACGGCUGUAAGAGACGGAGAGGAAAUAAUACUGGAAUAUAAAACUCUACAGGUGGAGAUAAAGCAUCCAGUGCUGACCGGACUGAGGCAAACCAUUUUGUGCAUCCACUGGAGGACAUACACAGAGAGAGGAAGAAAGAUGGCCGAGUCCCCGAAGAUUGAACUCUUCGUUAAGGCCAGUGUUGAUGCUGAGAGUGUGGGGAACUGUCCUUUCUCCCAGAGACUCUUCAUGAUUCUUUGGUUGAAAGGGGCCAACUUUACCCUUACCACUGUGGACAUGAAGAGGGCCCCUGCUGUGCUGAAGGCUCUGGCUCCGGGCUCUCAGCCCCCCUUCCUCAUCUUCAACGAUGAAGUCAAAACGGACACUAACAAGAUUGAGGAGUUCCUGGAGGAAAACCUAGCCCCACCUGAGUAUCCAAAAUUGUGCUGUCGAUACAAAGAGUCCAACGGUGCUGGAGAUGACAUCUUCCGAAAAUUCUCAGGCUACAUUAAGAAUCCCAAUUCUGGAAUAAAUACCAUGCUGGAGACUAAAUUCCUGUCCACCCUGGUGAAGCUGAACAUGUACCUGGAGACGCCCCUCCCUCACGAGCUGGACCAGAACCCCAACGCCACCCAGUCGACACGCCUCUACCUGGACGGGGAAUCUCUCACCUUGGCAGACUGCAACCUGCUUCCCAAACUCAACAUUGUCAAGGUGGUGUGUAAGCAGUACCGCGACUUUGACAUCCCUAAAGAACUGAAAGGUCUGACACGUUACCUGGAUAAUGCCUACAAACAAGAUCAGUUUCGUUACACCUGCCCGAAUGCUUCAGAGAUCCUUAUUGCCUACCACUCUGUGGCAAAGUACCUGAACAAAUAAAUCACAGGAACAGAUGAAGCAGUGUAAGUCAUAAAAUAAUAAAAUGAGAAAUACAGAGAACAACAGGUGACUAAAUGCAUGGAAACUGAACAUGAUUUAUGUUUUAUUUGUCUGAAAAUAAGAUUUUUGAUAAUGAAAUGGGUCUGCAUUGGCAUAUAGCUUUCUAGAAAACGGUUGUUUUUAUCAAUUAGGUUUGCCAACUGCUACUUCAAAGUUGCUUAAAAUCUGUAUUUGUAUAUACUAUAUGUUAUGUUGCAUGCUGUGGUUAUAUUGUUGUGUAUUUCUUAUUCAGCCCCAGCAAGAGAAGUAAGAAAGCACUGUAAAUCCAAGGAAAUAUGUAUAUUGUUUGUCAUUUUGCAUGCAUGUAUUGUUUCUGUAUUGUUUCAUUACCACAAUGUUGAUUUAAAUGAAUGAAUUACAUUCUAACGUGAAAUCAGAUGUAACUUUAAAGCAAUUAUUUUAUGUUCAGGAAUAGUACAUGUGCAAACAUGGAAUACACAUUUUGUCUGUAGAUAUGGCAGACAGUAAGCUAUGGUUUGCUUUUAAAUUGUCUUUUAAUGGUACGUUUUUCAACUCACACAGACAUUCUUUUCUCUCAAUAAAUUAUUUGUUACCAUCGCUAAUGAAUUUUUGUGUUUGAAAAUGACUGUGUAUGUCUUAGUAGUGACUCUGUUAUGUUGAACUUUGCCAAAAAUGUAUAAAAAGAAUGAAGACCGGGUAAAGAAAAAGAAAAAACCCUAUUGAUAAAGAUGUCCUUUACAAGAUGUUGUAAACAAGUUUGGUGUUGGUUGUAGGAAUAUUGGGUGAGUUUGCAAUAAUGUGUAAUUAAAUGUGUAAACAAUGUACCUGUAAAUGCCAGAAAAACAAUAGCUGCUAAAUGUAUGAAGUGUAAAAACCACGCUUCUCCAGAUGUGUUGCUUUCAAAUGUUCCUUUGUUGACAACAUUCUCUUGCUUCUUAAGCUAAAUAAACACAUUUUAAACCUUGA